GCCGGUUGUUUACUACGGCUUGCGAUGUGACGCCCCGCUCGCCCCUGGAAUACCGGCCCGUGACAAGCGACGGAGCUCGAGAACACCGCGCGCCGUUCGGUUUUCCACGCGGGGAGGGACAGCGACGAACGCCCCUCGCCAUGACGCCGGAUUUGCUGACACUUGUGUGUGUGAUUACCGCGGUCUCGGCCCUGGAAGAAACGAUGAUGGACACUCGGACUGCGACAGCAGAGCUGGGCUGGACAGCGUACCCUGCAUCAGGGUGGGAGGAGGUGAGCGGCUACGAUGAGAACCUCAACACCAUCCGCACGUACCAGGUGUGCAACGUGUUCGAACCGAGCCAGAACAACUGGCUGCUGACCACGUUCGUGCGUCGCCGUGCAGCGCAGCGCGUCUAUGUGGAGAUGCGCUUCACCGUGCGCGACUGCAGCAGCAUCCCACGCGUGCCGGGCUCCUGCAAGGAGACCUUCACUCUACUAUACGAGAGCGACCAGGUCAUUGCCACCAAAGGCGCCACCUUCUGGACUGAGGCCUACCUGAAAGUGGACACCAUUGCGGCCGACGAGAGCUUUUCACAGGUGGACUUCGGCGGUCGGCUGAUGAAGGUGAACACGGAGGUGCGCAGCUUCGGCCCGCUGUCCAGAAACGGCUUCUACCUGGCCUUCCAGGACUACGGGGCGUGCAUGUCCCUGCUGUCUGUGCGCGUCUUCUACAAGAAGUGCCCCAGUGUGGUGCAGAACUUCGCCGUCUUCCCCGAGACCAUGACAGGUGCGGAGAGCACCUCGCUGGUCAUCGCCCGCGGCACGUGCAUCCCCAACGCCGAGGAGGUGGACGUGCCCAUCAAGCUGUACUGCAACGGCGACGGUGAGUGGAUGGUGCCCAUCGGCAGCUGCACCUGCAAGGCGGGAUUUGAGCCCGACAACAGCAACGUCUGCAGGGCCUGUCCUCCAGGGACGUUUAAGUCCACCCAGGGUACGGGCCUGUGUCUACAGUGUCCUCCCAACAGCAGAUCCACGUCUGAGGCCUCCAACAUCUGUGUGUGCAGGAACGGAUACUACCGUGCAGACGGAGAGCACCCAGAUAUGCCCUGCACCAGUGUUCCGUCGGGGCCGCGGAACGUCAUCUCGGUGGUGAACGGGACCUCGGUACUCCUAGAGUGGCACCCUCCCCGUGAGACAGGCGGGCGGGGCGACGUGACGUACAACGUGGUGUGCAAGAAGUGCCGUGCCGACCGCCGCGUCUGUUCGCACUGCGACGACGGCGUGGAGUUCUUCCCCCGUCAGCUGGGCCUGGCUGACACCCGCGUCGCCAUAAGCAACCUGGGGGCGCACACACUCUACACGUUCGAGAUCCAGGCUGUCAAUGGCGUGACCAACAGGAGCCCGUACCCGGCCCAGCACGUCGCCAUAGAGAUCACCACCAACCAGGCGGCUCCAUCUAUGGUGCCCAUAAUGCACCAGGUCAGCUCCACAAUGAAAAGCAUCACGUUGUCAUGGCCACAGCCUGAACAGCCCAACGGCAUCAUUCUGGACUAUGAGCUCUGCUACUAUGAGAAGGACCUGAUGGAGACUAACUCUACAAUCCUAAGGUGUCAGACCAAUACAGCGCGGUUGGAGCUCCGGCCCGGUACCGUGUAUGUGGUUCAGGUCCGUGCGAGGACAGUCGCGGGCUUUGGCAAAUACAGCAGCAAGAUGUGCUUCCAAACCCUGACAGAUGAAGACUAUAAAUCGGAGUUGAGAGAGCAGUUACCGCUGAUCGCCGGCUCUGCGGCGGCUGGCCUGGUCUUCAUCGUCUCUCUGGUGGCCAUUUCCAUUGUCUGCAGCAGGAAGCGUGCUUACACUAAGGAGGCUGUGUACAGUGACAAACUCCAGCACUACAGCACAGGCAGGGAGCUGUCUCUGAGACCAGAUCUGUCUAACUGCCACUCGCCGAUCGGCUGCUCGACUGCCGGCUCUCCAGGGAUGAAGAUCUACAUUGACCCCUUCACCUACGAGGACCCCAACGAGGCUGUUCGAGAGUUCGCCAAGGAGAUUGACGUCUCCUCCGUCAAAAUUGAGGAGGUGAUUGGGGCAGGUGAGUUUGGGGAGGUCUAUAAGGGUCGCCUGAAACUUCCUGGCAAGCGGGAAAUCUACGUGGCCAUCAAAACACUGAAAGCUGGCUACUCAGAAAAGCAGAGACGGGACUUCCUGUCCGAGGCAUCCAUCAUGGGCCAGUUUGACCACCCCAACAUAAUUCGCCUGGAGGGCGUGGUCACAAAAAGCCGGCCUGUCAUGAUUGUGACUGAGUUCAUGGAGAACGGUGCACUGGACUCUUUUCUCCGGCAAAACGAUGGGCAGUUUACGGUAAUCCAGCUGGUGGGAAUGAUGAGAGGUAUCGGAGCAGGCAUGAAGUACCUCUCCGAGAUGAACUACGUGCACCGCGACCUGGCCGCACGCAACAUCCUGGUCAACAGCAACCUGGUGUGUAAGGUGUCCGACUUCGGCCUGUCCCGCUACCUGCAGGAGGACACGCCUGACCCCACCUACACCAGCUCUCUGGGUGGGAAAAUCCCCGUACGUUGGACAUCACCUGAAGCCAUCGCAUACAGGAAGUUCACGUCGGCCAGUGACGUGUGGAGCUACGGCAUCGUCAUGUGGGAGGUGAUGUCGUUCGGGGAGCGGCCAUACUGGGACAUGUCCAAUCAAGACGUUAUUAAUGCUAUAGAACAGGAUUACAGACUCCCUGCUCCUAUGGACUGUCCCACAGCUCUUCACCAGCUCAUGCUCGACUGCUGGCAGAAAGAUCGUAACACUCGACCGCGUUUCUCCGACAUCGUCAACACACUCGACAAACUCAUCCGCAACCCCACCAGCCUAAAGGCCGUAGCGACUAUCCCGUCCAUUCCAUCUCAGCCGCUGCUGGACAGGUCUGUCCCAGAUUUCAGCACCUUCAGCUCAGUGGAGGACUGGCUGGCCGCCAUUCAGAUGUCCCAGUACAGAGACAACUUCCUCAACUCUGGCUUCACUUCCUUGCAGCUAGUGACCCAGAUGACCUCGGAGGACCUGUUGCGGAUAGGCGUGACCCUGGCUGGUCACCAGAACCAGAUCCUGGCCAGUGUCCAGUCCAUACAGCUGGGUCAGGUCCAGUCGCCCACUACCCUGGCAUGACUACAGGGGGCGCCGGUCGACGGGCCGGGCAGCCUGCGCCGCGGGCAUCAGCGGGCACGUCCUACCUCGUCAGAGCGCGCCAGGGUAGAAACCAUCAUCCUGAUCUGAGAGACGCAGGGCGUGAGUGGAGGGGGAGGGGCCAGAUCCCUGAGGGGAGGAGGAGCCCCACGAGCGUGGAGACGUCCUCCGGCUCUGUCCAUCUGUGGAGAGAGGACGACGCAGGGACGCCCGUCUCUCGGUCUGUCUGUCUGUCAGUCUGUCUGUCUGUCACAAAAUCAAGAUGCUCGACUUUUUUUUCUGAAAUCCCAGGAUGUGUACAGAAGCCCGAACGGAAAGUUCCCGACUUUUCACUCCUUCCAGUCCCUCCAUGCCGGUGUCGCGUGGAAUCGCCAUGGCGACCUGUUACUCUCUCUCAGCAUUUCAGAGAACAGUCAGAAACAGCGAAUCCCCACCGAGGGUCAGACGACACCUUACAAUGCACUCACCCCACCACACGCACACUCACACACACACACAC